CACACACACUCUUUCACUGUGCACGGGAGGCACAGCGGAGACAGCACGGCUGUUCUUCUCCGUUCCUGCGCCAAUGUUACACACACAUUCCCGCUAAUGCGCCCUGACUGGGAACGUUACUUCAUCAAAGGACGUGGAAUAAGUUUUCCCGCGCAGGACGACACAGCUCGCGUUCGGGACCUUUGAUGCCUCCGAUCUGCUCACCUGUGAAGCUUUAUACUUCCUGUGCCAUUUUCACAUCAUGCCUGAGGGGGCGGGCCGGGACAGCCAGAAGAAACCGUGUAACCAAGCUGCUAAGCGGCCUUCCUCUGUCUCCUCACUGAGUGGGAUCGUGAGCCGGAUGGCCUCCUCUGGUGGCACCUCUCGUGGGAGCUGCACCUCCGUCAACACCGUUUGCUCUGACAGCGACCGGGGAGCGAGUCUCAGCUCCUCUACGUCCUCAGCCUCACUGCAAGAUGGACACUCCUCCUCCUCCUCAUCUUCACUGCCCUGUGGAGCUGUUCCAGCUUACGCAUCGCUCCCCCAGCGCAAUGGCUCUGACAUCAGCUUGGACCUCACGCCAUUGUCAGGCCCAGCCUCCUCGUCUGCCACAACCAUGCCGAAACUUUCACGUUUGCAGCGGGUGUUGCUGGAGAUCGUCGAGACAGAGCAGGCCUACGUGAGGGAUCUAAAGAGCAUAGUCGAGGACUAUCUGGGGUGCAUCAUUGACUAUGGAGACCUGCCUCUUAAACCAGAGGAGGUGAGCACGCUGUUCUGUAACAUAGAGGACAUCUAUGAGUUCAACAGUGAGCUUUUGGAAGAUCUGGAGCGCAGCCCCCAUGCAGCAGCUAUAGCCGAAUGCUUUGUGGAAAGGAGUGAAGCCUUUGACAUUUAUACCAUUUACUGCAUGAACUAUCCCAACUCAGUGGCCGUCCUCAGGGAAUGCAUGAAGAAUGAAAGUCUGGUGCGCUUCUUCCAGGAAAGGCAGGCCACUCUCUGUCACUCAUUGCCCCUCGAGGCCUACCUUCUGAAACCUGUGCAGAGGAUCUUGAAGUACCACCUCUUGCUGCAAGAGCUGUCCAAGCACUUUGACAAGAGCGAUUCAGGAUAUGAAGUGGUGGAGGAUGCUAUCAUCACCAUGACGGCUGUGGCCUGGUACAUUAAUGACAUGAAGCGUAAACAGGAACAUGCAGUACGGCUCCAGGAGAUUGAGAGUCUCUUGCUAAACUGGACCGGUCCCGAUCUCAACGGCUUUGGAGAGCUGGUUCUUGAGGGUUCCUUCCGGGUCCAGAGGGUUAAAAAGGAGAGGGCCUUCUUCCUCUUUGAUAAAAUGCUGCUUAUUGCCAAAAAGAGGAUGGAACAUUUCAUCUACAGCACGCAUAUUUUCUGUUGUAACUUGCUCCUGGUGGAGAACAUGAAGGAUCCUCUCUGUUUCAAGGUGUCUGAUCAGACAAUCCCGAAACAGCAGCAUGUUGUUCAGGCUAAAAAUCAGGAGGAAAAGCGAUUGUGGCUACACUACCUCAAGAGGCUUAUAUUGGAAAACCAUCCUGCGUCUCUUCCCCAGAAGGCAAGGCAGGUCCUUGGCGAUAAUUUCUGUCAAUCUCCUCAGUUUGAGCAUGAACCAACCCGAAAGCCCGUUCCUUCACCUCGUUUAGAUGACACCCAUGGUUUUCACAGAGGAAGAAGACAAUCAGAACCACCUGAAUUUAUCUACACCCCUGAGAAAGCCAAAAAAAGCCUUCCUUUGCUACUGGAAGGAAACCUGCCAUAUCGGCGAGGGCGCAGACAAUCAGCUCCUGCCAAAGACAUAGAAGCAGCAAUCCAACAAAGUGCCUCUUUGAAGGCCGGCAGUGAAAGUGAGCUCUAUACACAGAUUGAGAGCUUAGCCUCCUCAGGGAGUGCAAGUACUCUUGCAUCAUCAGUCAUUGAGGUUGGUUCAAGCCAGGAUAAUUUGGGUGUUGGUCAGGAUGACGAUGAGGACAUGUCACCUCUCCCUACACCUCCAACGCUGUCCAUUACUGAAGAAAUCAUGCAGUUUAUCAAUGAGAGCCGUGCACGAGAAGGCAUGCCGGAGCUGUCUUCUAGUGUGAGUGAGGCCAGGUCAGAGACAUUGGACACGCAGAGUACUAACCAACAUGAACAUCAGAAAUCAGAGUUGGAGAAAGAAGAGGUCGACCAGCUGGAUAUUGUUCCUAGUAGCCCGAAGGAUAAACAACCGCUAAUGGAUAUUAAAAUAAACAAAGAGAAUGACAAUGAACAUUUUUCACAGUCUGACUCAGCCUCUGAGAAAAAUUAUGUGGAAGAUAUUUCAUUAUCACCCCCUCAAAUGACUAAACAUAACGAUGAAAAUAUCAAUAUAUCAUUAGAAUCAGAAGUCAUAGUCAUGUCUGAGCCGUUCGUGGAGCAGGAAGGAGAAGAGACUGCCAGUAAAGAUAAAAUAUCUGACCUAGCAAAUAAAAUGGAAGAACCCAUUAAUGGAAUGUCCGGUGAGCUGUGUGACAGCUCUCCUUCCACAAUCAAACCUGCUGAUAACCCUCUGUUGCCUAAAGAGGAAUUUGAACAAAAGGUGACAAAAGGUCACAGACAAAUUAUUGAAAAAAUUCGCAACUACUAUGAGGCAGCAGAGGCAGUGGCUGAGGAUGGACAAGUUUCACGCAGGAAUAGCUUUUGUAACAUCCCUGCUGGUUUGGUAAAAGACUCUGUAUCACGCUUCAAUUUCUUUGUUCCCCAAGUCAGCUUUUGUGAUUCUGAAAGUGGACGCUCAGAUUCCAAUGAGACUGAAAUGUCAUCCAUAUCACCUACUGUAGCUGACCAAAAUGAAAAGGCUUUUAAUCAGCCUGAUGAUGCCAGUGUUAACGAGGCAGUUACACAGCACAGCAAAGAACAAAGUAAGACUGAGUCAAAAUGUGACGAUGAUGAUGGUGACGAGCAGAUUUGUGACUUCAAGCCCUGUAUGGAUCUCUGGAAAGAGAAGGAGAGGAAAGCUUCGGGACAUCAAGAAAACCCGAAGGUUUCUGCUAGUAAGGAGGAUGAAUGUGCGGAGGACAAAGAGGUAUGCGCCAAAGAUCCGUUGCCUGCAAGUGAUAGGAAGACACCUGUGCUCAGUGAACAGAUGGCACCUGAACAGGACCAAAGUGAAAGCACCGAGCCCAAAAGCCCUGAGAAAACAGACGAGGCAGUCAAAGAAGUGCAGUCCACUGCUGUCUCAAGAGACAAGACUUGUCCUAAUGGCAGUUUAGAAGUUCUACCUAGUCAGAUUAAAGUGGGACGGCUUUCUCGUCAUGGUAAGGCGGUCACAUGCAGUAGGACGCUUUACGAAGGCAUUGCAGAAGUAUCAAAUCUAGGAUUCUUCGAAACUGCUCCAAUGGAUCAGUGUUUGGUGGAGAACUCCGAAAAAAUUCUGAGUAAGGUACAGAUGUUAGCACAAAUGUAUAUGGCCAAGUCAAGCAGUAUGAAGGUUCCAUUACACCAGAAAAGAACCCGGUUUACAAAGGGUCCAUGUAAAGCGAAUAUACCUCCGAAGUCUCAGAUACAGCUCCAUCAGGGAGAAGUGAAGACACAGAAUCAACUCUCAGAUUUUCACAUGGAGUCUGUUACUCACUCUGCACCCGAGUCAUUUGGGCAUGUGAUUGUUAAAGAGCAAUUUACCACAUCCUAUCACCAAGAAAAUUAUUGCGAUAUUACUGGACAAAAGGAGCAAGCUAAUAGACUCAGAGCUGACGCUACCGAAAUCGUUUCAUUUGAAUCCUCCACUAUUUCAACUGAGUUAUCAGCUGAAACUACCAAAGAACAUUUGGCCACAAAUUUUGGAACUCAGAACUCCUCUACAGUUCAAGAAAUACUUUCCAAGCAUGACCAAGUCACACCAACUCUUCGAAGCUCUGGAUCACAAGUCACAUUCUUUCUUGAACAGGAUGCCAACAACGCUUUGUAUUCAAUUAGGGAGGACCAUUCAAUAAUAGAUAAAAAUCUGCCCUUGGAGAGGGACAAUGAACCUCAAAGUCACUUAUUGGUUAUGGAUAAAACAGUGAUGGAUUGCUAUUCUAAAUCUACAGAAGAAGUUCUGAGCCUCAAGGAAAAAGCCUGUGUUGUUGAAGAGAAGCCUUGUGAAAGCUUACCAUCCACUGAGGAUAGGGUGGGUCAUUUCCAGUUGAGGGCAUCAUUAAAUUCAGUUUGCACUGGUUGUCCUGCAUCUUGCACUGAGAACUCCACUCCUAAAGUGACUGUAUCGCCUGGCAAUGUUGUGGAUAUAUCUCUUCCAAUAGAUCUGUCACUGUACAUGGAGAAUGGCGUCUCAGAUCCAACAUGCAACAGAAAUCGCCAAAUGUCACCAGAUGUAUCACAUCAGUCUUUACAACUCCAGCAUCAAUGUUCGCCCGAAACAAGCUCUUCAAAUGUACCGCCUCUGCUUGGUUUCCAAAAAAUGGUUAAUUCAGAGUCUCUGGGAGGAAAAGAAGUACUAAAAAAUCAUUCGUUGGUGUCAAAUCAACCCCAAACAUCACCUCCCUGUAGAAAUACCACAGAUAAUCUUCCAAAACUCAACAGUCAAAGACCUGCCAGUUUGCCCAAUGUAAUGGGAAGAAGCUGUUCUCCCGGGAACACAUCAACCACAUCUUCCCAAAGACUAUCACAGACACCGCCCUGGUCCAGGGAACAAGACCAAGAUAGCCCAUCAUCAAGUUCCAGUAAACCGAAGUCAUGUGAUAAAGGUUCAAGCAUUCCCUCAAGUGAAUCAAAGCCAUCAUCUGCUUUUAGCUUUAGCCUUCGGAUGCGCUCACCCUCCCCUAACAUUACUUAUUUAAACUCCUCUACAAAUUCCUCCGCUCUUGCAAAAUCACUUGCUGCUUCUUGUAUUAGUCAGACAAUUUCUCAAAGCAUGGCGAAAAGAAACACUCGUAUACAGGCUGCCUCUCCCCCUGCCAGUUCAAGUUCGUUGCAUGCAUCCAAUCUUAGACUGAGGUCUCCCUCUCCAAAAACUGUUACCCUAAACUCACAAGUAGUGUCAGAUCCAAGUAAUUUGCCCAGUAAGGUGACAGGAAGCCAAAUUCCAAAACAUUCCACUUCUCCUUCCUGUUUUAAUAGCCUGCCAUCUAGUCCAGCAACAGUACAGUCCCCUCCUCCUUAUCGCAGCCAACAUUUAGAGUCUGCUACUUCCCCUCCAUAUUUCCACUCAGCGCACUCUGUUACUUAUACAAGGGGUGAGGAACUUGAACAGUUACCUCAUACGCCUCUGAAUAGCAAUAACAACAACAAUAAUCUAUGUAGUAAUGCCUGGACAAGUAGUAAUAAAAAGUCAUCAGCAUCGUCAUCAGCAUCAUCAUCAUCAUCACAAAUGUACAAAGCUCCUCAUUGUCAUGAUCCAAAUCGAGGGAACUCCCACAACAGAAUUGCUCGACCAUUCUUGUCCUCUGAGCCUAACUCACGUGUGCAGUCUCCCUCACCGUCUCACUCACCAUCUCUGAUCACACGUGUCUGUUCCCCACCACUUGCAACCAAGCCUCCUAAUCCUCGGACCCCCAGGCAGGGUGGAGCUAGUCCUUUCUCACCCUUGUCUUUGGAGCUUUCUCAAGCUACUUCAGCCUGUUUUUUGUCUCCAUGUACUAGUCCAAGAGUAACCUCCCCACCCCCUAUUGGCAUUCCUACAAACAUGUGGUGCAUUGUAAGCCCACAGCCAAGGAUUCCACUAGUGACUCCUUCAUCUCCCACAAGAGCAGAAGCAAGCUUUGCUUUAAGAGGAUCUAGAAUCACUUCACCAGUGUUAGAGUCCUCUCCAUGUUCCCUAUUUUUUUCUCAGAACCAGAGACGACCAAAAGGAAGCAGCUUGCCAUUUGAAAACCUGGCAGGCAACAUAUCAAGGUCUUUUUCUGAGAAUGGACAAUGUAGAGGAGAUGCAGAUUCACAGCUAACUGGUUCUCAGAUGCACUCCUGUAACGGUUCUCCUAUGUGUAUUAGCCCAGGAUCUCCGUCUCCUAUUAGGGAAGGGACUGCUGGAAAGACCGCUGAUGCUAGGAUGCACCUUACGGACUUUAACUGGCCAGAAGUACAUGAACUGCCAUCCAUCUAUAACACAGAGGACGACUCUCAGUGUAAACCCUCUUCACCUUGUUCUGAAACUGAACAGGAGGACUCAGAACUGGGGAUGGCUACUUGUCGGAGUAGCAUUAUCUGUGCCUAUGUGGCUCAAACCCCACCUGUACCUCCAAAGGACACCCAUGUCCAGCCCCCAAAUGAUGGGAAACAAGUGGAUAAUGUGCCAGUACAGGGAACCAAGGCACCAUUAAAAACCAGCUAUGCCACAACUGUCAACCUACAGAUUGGCGGGAGUGGGAGAAUUGCUUCCUUCAAUAAUGCCCAGGUUAGCCUGACUCAAACUCUGGCACCAGUGACAGAGAACCAGGGCAUGAGACGGGUCAGCAUAAAUGGCUGCACACUCUCCCUGAUGAACUGCAAAAGACUCUAAGUGGAACUAAUCUGAGGUGGUGUUUAAAGAACCACUUCCAGGCACUUUACCAUGUGUAAAAGGAAGCGGAUAGAGACUCAUGUCCACUUUACUGAGAUGACAAAUUACGGGUGUCAAGAAUUUUGUUUUUAUUGCUCAAUGCUAACUUUAGCUGCAAACGGUGCUUUAUAUGCAACUCUGCAACAAAUUUGGAUUACCUUUAAGCAGUCUUAUUUGUUAUAUAAUUGUAAGAUAUUCUAAUUUCAGCAUAACUUAACCAAAGCCUCUUUGACAAAAGUUUUUUUUUUCCUUUGACUGAAAUAGGCAGUUGUCUUAUUUAUGAAAUAGUUUUUUUUUUUUUUUUUUAAUGGCACUUAUUUCUUUUCUGUAUUUUGCACAAGUUCUUAUGUGGUUCAGACAUAUCCUGUCCAGACAAUGAUAUGAGUAGUAGAAGUAGUGAGAAAAGAGUUUUGUAUGUUAAAAGGGAAGGUAGAAGAACGUUGCUGUUUUUUGAUAAGGUUUAUCAAACAUCUUACAGCUUUAAGCAAAAGAUUGCAUAGAAAGUCCAUGUAUAAACCCAAUCCACCAUGCUGUUUGAAAGCACCUUAGUGAUAUCUGUGGUAAUGGUAAAGAGGACUCUUUAUUUCCUAGAUAACCAAUGUUUGAUAAAAAUGUUGUCAGAUUGCUUAUGUACAUGAGGAAAAAAACAUGGGAAAUGUCAGUAAGAAUCAGAACAAAUGUUAUUAAGAAAAAGGAUUGCAAAAUAGUCUAACUGCUUGUCCUUGCAAUAGGAAUGAACAAAUCAGUGUGCAGCAUUUAAGGAUUUGCAGUUAUAACUAUGUAUGGUUUUAAUGAAAUAUUCUAUAAUUUUAUACUAUACUAUGUAUUGUGAUAACUAUGAAUAGUUUUCAAAAGUACGACUGUGUGAGUUUGCAGAAUUUGCAGACUUUCUUAAUGUAUAGUUCUUUCAAAUGGAACAACUGUCAAACCAUUUGAAUACAUGCUAUAAUAAUAAUUAUUAUUAUGAUUAUUUGUUCUCUUGUCAUAAAUAAAAGGAUGUUUUUUU